AUGAUUUUCGAAAUAAAGUUUUCAGGCGCAACCAAGGAGCAUGAUAGCAUCUUUCCAAGCGGAUCUUUAGUUAGGGCGUUGGAAAUGCUACCUGGAUGUAUUUUGCUUUCCACGGAGGACAGCUCGAUCAUUGGCGGAAAUUCAGACCUAAGUGCAUUGAUUGACAUCGCUUUGGUUGGUCAGAGGGUUAGGAAUUUUGCAUUUCACUGGCCAGUGCUUUCUCAACUUUCUUGA